AUGUCUCCGGGGCUCCAACUGACGGUUGUCGACCGGUUGCUAAAGGACAUAAUGCAAUCGGAACUACCGUUCGGUGGUACGACGGUUCUAUUCGCAGGUGACUUCAGACAGAUACUGCCGGUGGUCCGCAGGGGGACGAGGGCCGCGAUCGUGGCGGCUUCAAUCAGGCACCACCAUCUGUGGGACGUCUUCGAGCGUUUCAGCCUGACACAGAACAUGCGGGCUAACAACGACGAGGACUUUGCCGCCUGGUUGCUUCAACUCGGCAACGGCCAGCUGCCCGCGGUCGACGGAAAUGUGAACACCGUCAAAAUCCCCAGGAAUAUGGUAUGUGACAUAGCUAAUUUGAUUGAUUUUGUUUACCCGCAGCAAAUGUCGUUGGCUAACAUCGACGACUUUGCUCGGAAAAUUAUUCUCUGUCCCCGGAAUGAGGAUUGUAGACAGGUCAAUCGCACGGUGCUGCAACGCGUCACGGGUGCCGCGAGAACCUACACCGCCAUAGACACGGUGGUGGCGGACGACGUGGACGAGAUUGCCAAUUACCCGACCGAGUUUUUGAACUCGCUGGAGCCCGACGGACUUCCUCCGUACAGGCUAACGCUGGUGGUCGGUUCCGUGGUCAUGCUGCUGCGGAACCACGAUCCGAAAAUCAGACUGUGCAACGGAACAAGGUUAGUGGUUACGGAACUGAGGCGCAACAACUUCAAAGCGAGGUUGUUGGCGGACGCGGGGGAAGGGCAGGACGACAUCGUCAUCCCCAGGAUACCGCUGUCGUUCAGCGGAGACGACGACCUGCCCUUCACCAUGCGUCGGGUUCAGUUCCCGGUGAGACUUUCGUUUGCGAUGACGAUCAACAAGUCUCAGGGCCAAACUUUUGACAGAGUUGGUUUGUUUCUGCCGUCCCCGGUGUUUACGCACGGACAACUGUACGUUGCGUUCUCACGAGUGCGGGCCUCGGAAUCAAUAAAAGCUGGCGACGUGGCGACGCCGUUCAAUUUAUCACAAGGAAUAUAG